GCCACAUCGGGUUCUCUUCUGUUACCUUUCUCCAAUCUCCACCCCGAGUUCCUGAGCCCGAAUCGCCGCCGCCCCGGAGACCCCCCACAUCUCCACCCCAAUCCAACCCCCACCUCCCCGGCAACCGCCCCUCCCGCGCGCGCGGGAUCUCUUCCCCUGAAUCCCUUCCCCCAUCCCCACCGAGAAACCCUACCUCAGAUCCUGCGGCAAUGCACCUCACCCUCGAAUUCGGGGGCGGGCUGGAGUUGCUCCUGGAGAAUUCCGUCAAGGUUCACAAGGUGGACGUCGAGCCCAAGCACGGCGAAGGCAAGGUGGCGAUGAGAGGGUUGCUUUCUUGGGUCAAGUCCAAUUUGAUCAAGGAGCGGCCGGAGAUGUUCGUCAAGGGCGACUCUGUGAGGCCUGGGGUUCUCGUCCUCAUAAAUGACUGCGAUUGGGAGCUCUGUGGUGGCCUUGAUGCGGAGUUGGAAGAAAAGGAUGUGGUGGUUUUCAUCUCCACACUACAUGGUGGUUAGUUUAAUUAUGGGGAUGGUCUUAUGCUAUUAUUUGGUUGAGAAAUGCAUCUUGUACCAAGUUGGGAAAAGCAUGGCGUAAUCUGGAUUUUAUAAAAAUCUGGAGAUGACCUACAAAUCGUGGAACAGAACCCGCUGAACUGCUUAUCACUAGAUUAUCGUUACAUUUCAUCUACUGGAAGUAGUCGAAGACAGUCCCAGAAUAUUGUGGAUUCCUGAUCCUGUAAUUUUGCAUUACUGUUGUGGUUCGGGUUGGGUGGGGAAGGAUAUGGUGCGAGAUCAGUUUUUUUAUUGUGGAUUACUAAUCCUGUAAGUUUGCAUUACUGUUGUAGUUUUCUCAUUGAAUCACUGUAUACAUAUGUGGAAUACAAAGUGAGCGUUAUCCGUAA